UCGGUAUUGCCUGCAGAUUUGUCAUUUUCUUCUUCGUUUUUCUUAGCAUUGGCCGGCUAUUCUGUUCGUGAUUGUGUUAUCACCCAGCUUUUAAAUAACAAAGUGGUAUAUCUGAGCCUAGUUUGCUCUUAUUCUUUGUAUAUGUGUAGCAGAAUCAAAAGUCUACUGAUUGUCUCUGUGAAUAUCCGAUCAAAAUGGAUAAACCCAUUUUGAUUAUUCUUCUUAUGAAUUUAGUGUUGUUGAAUCUGUUGAAUUUUAGCUAUGGAGAUGAUGAUGAAGCCCUGAAAAAAUUGUUGAAUUCAUUCCAAAACAAAGAAGAGCUACGAACGCAAUGGAAUUCUACAGAGAAGCCCUGCAUUAAUGGUGACAAUAAAUGGCCUUACAUAAAAUGUCUAGAGAAUAGUGAUAAAGUGAGAGCUCUGAUCUUAAACAAUAUCAAUCUUGGAGGAACUGUUGAUGAAGAAGCUUUAGCAGAACUUUCAGAAUUGAGGGUCCUGAGUUUGACUAACUGUGGCUUGUCUGGAAAGGUCCCUGAUUUGUCAAAGCUUGACAAAUUGAAGUAUGGCUAUCUUGAUGGCAAUAAUUUCUCUGGCCCCAUCAGGGACAAUAUGUUUCAGAGCAUGCCAGCCUUGAGAAUUCUGCGGUUCAAUAAUAAUGAUAUCAGUGGUUCUAUGCCUUCCGCUUUGACGGGUCUCACCUAUCUUGCGGAGCUAAGCUUGCAGAACAACGAUUUGGAUGGGCGGAUCCCUGAGCUCAAGCAGGAUAAUUUGACGGUUUUCAACGUGUCUUUCAAUCAUCUGACAGGGAAGAUACCGGAAUCCAUGUCUCAGAGGUUCGGUAAGGAUUCCUUCUUAGGUAAUUCUGGUUUGUGCGGAAGUGCGGUGGAUAAGGCUUGUAAAAAAGAAAGUGGCAGUAAGUUGAAGCCCUGGUUGAUAGUGGUGAUUGUAGUUGCAGACAUUGCAGGGCUGCUGAUUCUGAGUCUCAUAUUUGUAUACUUCUAUAGGAGGAGAAAUAUGAACAAGGAAAAAGGUUCCAAUGCUGCUAACAACGGCAGAAGUUCUUCCAGUGCCAUGAAAGUUUUCCCGAACGAAAACUUAUGGGAUAAUGGGGUAACACAGUCAAGCACCAUAACAGAGGAGUCUUUUUAUAAAGAGAGCACUAAGGGUAAUAAUUUCUACGAUAGCAAUGAUGUUAAUAAGCUGGUGUUCUUUGAUGGGUCCAACUUUGGACUUGAGGAGUUGCUCCGGGCUUCUGCAGAGCUGAUGACGAAGGGCAACUUUGGGACUGUGUACAGGGCAAUUAUGGACAAUGGUUCUGUGAUUGUGGUUAAGCGAUUAAGAGAGUUUUGUAAGUUGGGGGAAAAACAGUUUGAUGAUUAUAUGCUGUUUCUGGGGAAGCUCAGGCACCAGAACAUUUUGCCUUUGAAGGGUUACUUUGGAAAAGAGGAGAAACUGCUCCUCUAUGACUUCAUGCUCAAUGGAACCCUGCUUUCCCUUUUGCACGGAAACAGGGGAGCCAACAAAGUUCCAGGGGACAACAGAAAGCCUCUGGAUUGGAAAGCGCGGCUGAAAAUAAUGGUUGGAGUGGCAAGAGGAUUGGCCUACUUAGAAAAAGAAUGCAGUGCAAGGGGGAUCCCCAUCGCGCACGGUCACCUGAAAUCAUCCAACAUUCUCAUCGAUGCAGAGAACGAGCCACGACUGUGCGAUUAUGCCCUCCAACCGCUUAUCAGUUCCCCCUCAGUCCACAAAAUGGUGGCCUACCAAGCCCCUGAGAGCCUGAAAACCAAGGCCUUUACACCCUCCGCCAAGGCAGACGUCUGGAGCUUUGGCGUGCUUCUUCUGGAGCUCCUGACGGGCAAACCCUCCGCUCAUUCUCCUCCGCCGGGCAAAGCCGGCAGCCCUGAAGCCAUCGAUCUUCCCCGCUAUGUGAACUCCGUCGUGAGAGAAGAAUGGACGGGCGAAGUAUUCGACAGAGAGAUUUCACUGGCCAAAUCUGUAGAAGGAGAGAUGUUGCAGAUUCUCCAGAUUGCAAUGUGGUGUACCGAUGCGUCCCCUGAGAAGCGCCCCGACAUUGAAGUAGUGCUCAAAAAGAUUGAGCAGGUCUGCGAGAGGGGUGAGGAGUCUGGAUCCAUCGAUUAUAGCGAUGGAGAAAGUGGCGCUUCUUUCUGCGAUUACACUGGGGAAUUCUCCUUCUCUACUACUCUCACACCUCAGUAUGAUUUCCACACUGGAACACUGUAGAAUUAUCUAUUUUCAUGCUUUCAAUGCAUCAACAUUUAUUGCCGCCUAUUUUUUUUGUCCUUUUUGGUAAUAAGCAAUUUUAACAAACUUG